GAUGUCCUGGAGGGUUUUACGGGCCGAACUGUUCUAAAGCUUGUCCAGAUACCAAUUGUUACUGUCACUUAGAAACGGGCACCUGUCAGGGCUGCAAGCAUGGGUAUCAAGGGUACCUGUGUAAAUCAGCGUGUGGUCGAGGAUAUUAUGGUGCUGAGUGUCAACAAGAAUGUGGACACUGCCGUGACUUAACUCAGUGCGUUAACACCAACGGGUCAUGCUCAACUGGGUGCGAAGCUGGGAAUCGUGGUGAAACAUGUGACACACCUUGCCCAUACGGAUUCUUUGGACCAGAUUGUGUUCACGAAUGUAACAACACCUGUGAUGGUUGUAACAGAUUCAAUGGUUCUUGUGAUUCUGGGUGUAAGCCCGGAUGGCAGGGAUAUGAGUGUCAAGAUGCUUGUGACAAGGAAUCAUUUGGUGAUAACUGCAGUAAAACAUGCGGACACUGUCGUGACGUCAACCACUGUUCCAAUAUUAACGGAACAUGUUUGACUGGAUGUGAUGUUGGUUAUCACGGGGGCUUGUGUAAAACACCUUGCCCUUCCGGAUUUUUUGGAGAAGAUUGUGCUGACAGAUGUAACGACACCUGUAAUGGUUGUAACAGAUUCAAUGGUUCUUGCGAUUCUGGGUGUAACCCCGGAUGGCAGGGAUAUGAGUGUCAGGAUGCUUGUGACAAGGAAUCAUUUGGUGAUAACUGCAGUAAAACAUGCGGACACUGUCGUGACGUCAACCAGUGUUCCAAUAUUAACGGAACAUGUAUGACUGGAUGUGAUGUUGGUUAUCACGGGGGCUUGUGUAAAACACCUUGCCCUUCCGGAUUUUUUGGAGAAGAUUGUGCUGACAGAUGUAACGACACCUGUAAUGGUUGUAACAGAUUCAAUGGUUCUUGCGAUUCUGGGUGUAACCCCGGAUGGCAGGGAUAUGAGUGUCAGGAUGCUUGUGACAAGGAAUCAUUUGGUGAUAACUGCAGUAAAACAUGCGGACACUGUCGUGACGUCAACCACUGUUCCAAUAUUAACGGAACAUGUUUGACUGGAUGUGAUGUUGGUUAUCACGGGGGCUUGUGUAAAACACCUUGCCCUUCCGGAUUUUUUGGAGAAGAUUGUGCUGGCAGAUGUAACGACACCUGUAAUGGUUGUAACAGAUUCAAUGGUUCUUGCGAUUCUGGGUGUAACCCCGGAUGGCAGGGAUAUGAGUGUCAGGAUGUCAAUGUCGCCCUCAACAAACCAGCGUACCUACAGAACUCAUGGAGAAGUGACAGAUAUGACGCCAGUAACGCUGUGGACGGAGGUAAAUCAGACCUGAGGAUGAAUGGAGGUCAAUGUGCUAGAUCAUAUGAUAAACAAACCGCCACCUGGUGGGUGAACCUGACCACCAUCCACAGCAUCCACCACAUCACCAUCUACUUCAGGACGGACAAAAAUCUACAGGACUUUUAUGCUGGUUUGUCAAAUUACUUCCUUGGAUUAUCGGUGUACGUCUCCAACACAACAGACAUACUACAGGGAACACUGUGUUACAAGGACGACAACUUUACAGCACUCACCAUACCUGCUGUCUUAACCACCACCUGUCCUAUACAUGGACAGUAUGUUAUCUACUACAACGAGAGACAACCAGGAGUUACCUACCCUAGAGGGUACUCUGCUACAGUAAUGAGUGACCUCUGUGAAGUGGAGGUGUAUGGAUGUCCUGGAGGGUUUUACGGGCCGCACUGUUCUAACGCCUGUCCAGAUACCAAUUGUUACUGUCACUUUGAAACGGGCACCUGUCAGGGCUGCAAGCCUGGGUAUCAAGGUUACCUUUGUAGAUCAGCGUGUGGUCGAGGAUAUUAUGGUGCUGAGUGUCAACAAGAAUGUGGACACUGCCGUGACCUAACUCAGUGCGUUAACACCAACGGGUCAUGCUUAACUGGGUGCGAAGCUGGGAAUCGUGGUGAAACAUGUGAAACACCUUGCGCAUUCGGAUUCUUUGGACCAGAUUGUGUUCACGAAUGUAACAACACCUGUGAUGGUUGUAACAGAUUCAAUGGUUCUUGUGAUUCUGGGUGUAACCCCGGAUGGCAGGGAUAUGAGUGUCAAGAUGCUUGUGACAAGGAAUCGUUUGGUGAUAACUGCAGUAAAACAUGCGGACAUUGUCGUGACGUCAACCACUGUUCCAAUAUUAACGGAACAUGUUUGACUGGAUGUGAUGUUGGUUAUCACGGGGACCUGUGUAAAACACCUUGCCCUUCUGGAUUUUUUGGACAAGAUUGUGCUGACAGAUGUAUCGACACCUGUGAUGGUUGUAACAGAUUCAAUGGUUCUUGCGAUUCUGGGUGUAACCCCGGAUGGCAGGGAUAUGAGUGUCAGGAUGGCGGACUAUUUAACCUGGAUAUCGCCGAGUAA